GCAGUGUGCAUGCAAUGAGGAGCAACGCAGUCUCAGGCUAUCAGUGACCAUGUGGAAUUGUCGCGAGUCGCGACUGGCGCGUGUGUCUCUCGGCAGGAAAUUGUCAUGCGUCAAUGCAUGCUCAUUUCUGCAGAACAAACAAUAGGACGUGCGAGCUCAGGGGCUUCGUGUCGCUCCCCUGGUGACCAAGCUGCAUAAAAGGGUGUCGUGUCAACAUUCAAAACCCAUACACGCAGCUAAUCCUUACAACACCCAAAAGAUGAUGCUGACGCAGCUGUUGUCGAUUCUGCCAUUCAUGGCCCAUGCUUCCAGCUUUGUCAUUAGCACCGACCCGAGCCCAAUCAUGUCAGGCUUACCGAAGCUAUCCGAGGGCCACUUCAUCUGCGAACCGGAGCAAGAGCUGACAGUCUUGGCCGUUGAAGGUUGGAUCAUAAGGACUGAGAAAUACGACAUGCCUGAAGGGUGGAAGCCCAUCGAUGCUGCAACAUUGACAGCAUACCCUGACGGAACGACAUGCAACAAUCAGACCAACCAGAUUUUGAACAUCACCGCCGAAUACAAUGGAGAGGGUAAAGGACCCAGUAUCCGCAGGGCUGGCCUUGGAUACGGUAAUGCACUACCCGAAAAGCCGACAGAUGGGAGCAAGCCUCGGAUUAAUUUGUAUGUGCUGGCCAAAAAGGAGACAAACCAGCAUGGAGCCCGACCAAAGCAGUUUUGCGGUCUCGUUUAUGCGAGUGAGGAAGAUGGGAAGCUUGGCGCUUGCAAGCUGUACGAUACCUCCCACCGUGAUUUUAGCGCAGUGCCACUCGACAACAAUAGCUGAAGAGGUAAAAAGAUAGACUGUAGGCUGUAGGAGUUCCAACAAAGUGACUGAGAAAGCCAAGAGUAGAGCAUAUGAGGUCAGCGAUCCAGAGCAUCAAGUCUCUCCCCCUCCUCAGCAUCAAGAUGCAACUGAGCUUCAUCCUUCUUUUGCCACAGUUCAGCAACAGGUCGUGUUCCAGACUGUAGCUUUUCAACUGAAUACGACCACUCUGGAACGCGUUUCCCAGCAGCCAAGCAAGCAUGUAUCCAGUCCACCGUGACAUACUGAACUGUACGACGCUUC